AGAUGAAUCCUUAUAGCUGAAUGGAUCGUUACAAUUGGGUUACUACAAUUUUACUCUUAAGGACAACUUUUUGACCUCCAAGUGGAAUGAAGGGAAAGAAAGAGGAAUUGCAUUUUGCCAAGGCAGGUGUUAACAGCUCCAAUCUACAGAUGAGAAAACUGAGGUUCUGAGAGAUGAAGUAACCUUCCCAAGAUCACAUAGCAACACCAGCCUAAGGAGAGCUCCCAGAACUGGAGGUGGUGAGGUGCUUAUGAGCCUAGAGUAAUUAAAGAUUUUGAGGUGUCAACAAAGCAGUUUAUUCCCACCAGCCCCUGAACCGCGCCUUAGGCGCCCUACCUGGCCAAUCACGUGCGACGCCCUCCUCUUCUUUCCUCUAAGCAGUCAGAGAUGGACAGCGGGUGAAGGAGAGGAGGAGGAAGAGGACUUCCGCCUGAGGCGGCGCAUUGUGUAAAGCGCCUUGCGGUGCAAAGUGCACAAGCUUCGGAGUCGGUACAGUGAACGUCCUGGGAGGAGCCCCAGGACACAACCCGGACCGCAGGACCAAGAUGAUCUCAAUACACAGCCUCUCCGAGCUGGAGCGUCUGAAGCUGCAAGAGACUGCUUACCACGAACUCGUGGCCAGGCAUUUCCUCUCUGAAUUCAAACCUGAAAGAGCUCUACCUAUUGACCGUCCAAACACCUUGGAGAAGUGGUUUCUGAUUCUGAGAGGACAAGAGAGGGCGGUAUCACUCAAGACGUUUGGCAUUCGACUGGAAGAGGUGCUGGUGAACGAGCUUACCCGCCGCAAGCAACUUGAACUGAGAGCCACGAUGCAGAUUGAAGAAGCCACCCGUCAGGCUGCGGGCCGUCGUCGGGGAAACGUGGUGCAAAGGAUGUUUGGCCGCAUCAGGCGCUUUUUCAGUCGCAGGCGGGCUGAGCCCUCCUUGCCCCGGGAGUUUACUCGCCGUGGGCGUCGAGGUGCAGUCUCUGUGGAUAGCCUGGCUGAACUGGAGGACGGGGCCCUGCUGCUGCAGACCCUGCAACUUUCCAAGACUUCCUUUCCAAUUGGCCAGCGACUUCUGGGAUCCAAAAGGAAAAUGAGCCUCAAUCCGAUUGCCAAGCAAAUCCCCCAGGUUGUUGAGGCUUGCUGCAGCUUCAUUGAGAAACAUGGCUUAAGCACAGUGGGGAUUUUCACCCUGGAAUAUUCUGAGCAGAGAGUGCGUAAGCUCCGUGAAGAAUUUGAUCAAGGUCUGGAUGUAGUGCUGGAUGACUCUCAGAACGUGCAUGAUGUGGCCGCACUCCUCAAGGAGUUUUUCCGUGACAUGAAGGACUCUUUGCUGCCAGAUGAUCUGUACAUGUCCUUCCUCCUGACAGCAACUCUGAAGCCACAGGAUCAGCUUUCUGCCUUGCAGUUGCUGGUUUACCUGAUGCCACCUUGCCACAGUGACACCCUGGAGCGUCUCCUGAAGGUCCUGCAUAAGAUCACUGAGAACUGCGAGGACUCCAUUGGCAUUGAUGGACAGUUGGUUUCAGGCAAUCGUAUGACUUCCACCAAUUUGGCUUUGGUGUUUGGAUCUGCUCUCCUGAAGAGGGGGACGUCUGCCAAGAGGGAGUCCAGGAAAACAAAACUGGGGAUUGACCACUAUGUUGCUUCUGUCAGUGUGGUCCGUGCCAUGAUUGAUAACUGGGAUAUCCUCUUUCAGGUGCCUCCCCAUAUUCAGAGGCAGGUUGCUAAGCGUGUAUGGAAAUCCAGUCCUGAAGCCCUUGAUUUUAUCAGACGCAGGAAUUUGAGGAAGAUCCAGAGCGCACGGAUAAAGAUGGAAGAGGAUGCUUUACUUUCUGAUCCAGUGGAAAACUCUGCUGAAGCCCGGGCUGCUGUCCUUGGUCAAAGCAAGCCCUUUGAUGAAGGUUCCUCUGAGGAGCCAGCUGUGCCUCCCGGCACUGCCCGUUCCCAUGACGAUGAUGAAGGAGCGGGUAACCCCCCCAUUCUGGAGCAAGACCGCCCAUUGCUCCGUGUGCCCCGGGAGAAGGAGGCCAAAACUGGCAUCGGCUACUUCUUUCCUUAGAUGUUUUUCCUUCUAUAUGGUGCCAGACAGGGGGAAAGGGUGGGGGUAGACCUGGGAUGUCACAGGAAACAUUAAGGAGAGUCUUGAAGGUAAAGAUCUGAGGGUAAGAAGGAGUUCCACCUGAUGCUCGGGUCAGGCUGUGAAUUCCAAACACACUGCCAGCCCCUUUCCUGGGGAUGCUCGGUCCCUUCAGCUGGUAAAAGUGGAGAUGUUUCUGUGUCAUGCUCAGGCGCCCUGGUGCUACCUUGCCUCUCUCUUUUACCCCUGAUCCUGGCUUUCCCUUACUACAGCUGUUCCUUUAAUUGAUGUGACAUUUGUGGUAAACACCUGUCGCAGAGAAGCUCACAAAUCUCGAGGUGCUUUCCCUCCCCCAAAGAGGAUUGCAUGCUUUUCCUGACUUUCCUACCCUCCUCCUAAGAGCUCAAUUGGAAAGGCCCUCAAGAGGCAUGCUAGGAUGUUAGGUCAGCCUACUGACAGCUGACAAUUAAUGCUAAACCAUGUCACACCAACUCAUAGCCGUGUCCCCGCAGCCACUCCACCGCCUCAGGAUAAUUUUGUCCAAAUUAUUUAGACCAAUGGCUCGUCAAACAGCCACUCCCCAAAUCCUGAGAAACCCAACUAGCUUUUCUGGGGUCAAAAGUUAGAGGAAAAAAAUUGAUUUUAUUACCUAGAUCUGUUUUACAGAUAGCUGGCAGCCACAUCCUGUUGUCAGCAAAACAGCUAGUUAGGUACAAACACAUAGUUCCAAGCAGUAAAAGUCACCUGAUUACAAAUGUUCUUAAAUAUCGUCUCUGUAGUUCCUCUAUGCAGGACGGUACAAAUUUGCGGGACAUGCUCUGGUAACACACAGAUAUGGGUUAUGUAUGACAUCCAAAAUUAUAGCUGUUAUUGAGGGGUAACAACUGCUAAGGUCCAUAGAAUGAAGAAUGUAUUGUAUUGAGGGUUAGAAAUUGAUCACACAAUGGGUAACAACCGCAGAGCUCGAAGAUUUGUGAUUGUUAAAACUUCUCUGGCAUUUAAUCAUUAAUAAACAUCGUAUUGUGA